AUGAGCCUGGAAGGCCCCCCAAAGGCGCAGCGAACAGAGCCCCCCUCGACCAUCUCUCAAGGGUGGAGUAAGCACGGCGUGCGGCUCGCGCGACUGGAGAAACGCAUACCGCAUGUAGUGCCACCAUGGUGGACGCCACCACUUACCCACAUCAACGAAUCCGCAGAGGAAGCAGCCAAAGUACACGACACCACGGAGCCAUGA